GAGCGUGAGGAAAAAAGAGAGAGAGAGAGAGAGAGUCUUCAAAAUGGACGCCAUACACAUAUACUGGCUGAGAGCACAGAGAGAAGGAAUCUGAUCCCCUCCUUGUCAAGCCCGUAGGGCUGCAUCUUACAUGUCUGAUAAAAGGAACAGAGCCAGAGUAUGACUGGAUGGAGUUUUAAGGCAGUGAGGGACUUGGUUUUCACGACUGUUUUUGUGACAGCGAGGAUCAGUCCUCUCUGCAUUGCAGCAUUGUGGUUGAGGAGAGCGGGGAGAAGAGAGCCUGUGUGGCACACCGAGCUGAGCACCCAAUCAGGCACCUCCGUGUGGUGCUUGAGCCAAUCGGCAGCUCGCAGCCGAGGUUAAAGAUUGUCAAUUGCAGGAGAGAGCAGCAGGGAGAGAAGGCCUUCUGGGAAACCUGGACCCAUCUUUUCCCUCAUCCCCCAACGUCCUCAAUUGAUAAAGAUAAAGAUUAAAGAAUAGGCUGAAGAAUCUGUAUGUGAGUAAGGAAAAAAGUUUGGAAGAAGAAGAAGAGGGAAAAACAGAAGAACAGGCUGUAACAGAAGAAAUGGAGAUCUCAACACGGUCCAAAGUUUCAGAGGCUGGUUCAACAGAAAGGGUGGCACCAAAAAGAAAGAUGCCCAGUCCUUCUCAGUCAUCCAACGGUCACUCCUCUGCUGAGACCUCACCGUGCCCAGUGAAAAAGAAGAAGAAACCAGGUGCUGUUAGCAGCAGCAAAGACCAGUCAGAACUAAGACAUGGUCCCUUUUACUAUGUGAAGCAGCCAGCACUCACCACAGACCCUGUUGAUGUUGUACCGCAGGACGGCAGGAAUGACUUCUACUGCUGGUUGUGCCACCGCGAGGGCCAGGUGCUCUGCUGUGAGCUCUGCCCCAGGGUGUACCACGCCAAGUGUCUCAAACUACCAGCCGAGCCCGAGGGCGACUGGUUCUGUCCGGAGUGUGAGAAAAUAACAGUUGCCGAGUGUAUAGAGACUCAAAGCAAAGCCAUGAUGAUGCUUACUAUAGAUCAGCUGUCUUACCUGCUAAAGUUUGCCCUGCAGAAGAUGAAACAACCAGGUGAUCAUCCCCGCUUGUCAUCUCGCUCCCCCCAUGCAGCUUCCACGCAGAGAAAGACUUAUAAUUGGACUGAACCAUUCCAGAAACCCGUGUCUCUUGAACAGCAUCCUGAUUAUGCAGAGUAUAUAUUUCAUCCUAUGGAUCUCUGCACACUUGAGAAGAAUGUCAAAAAGAAAAUGUAUGGCUGCACAGAGGCCUUUUUGGCGGAUGCAAAAUGGAUCUUGCACAAUUGUAUUAUAUACAACGGAGGCAACCACAAACUUACAACUACAGCUAAGGUGAUAGUAAAAAUCUGUGAACAUGAGAUGAAUGAGAUUGAAGUUUGCCCUGAGUGUUAUUUAUCUGCGUGCCAAAAGAGAGACAACUGGUUCUGUGAGCCUUGUAGUAACCCGCACCCUCUAGUGUGGGCCAAACUGAAAGGGUUUCCAUUCUGGCCUGCUAAAGCUCUGCGGGACAAAGAUGGGCAGGUGGAUGCUCGCUUCUUUGGGCAGCACGACAGGGCCUGGGUUCCUUUAAACAAUUGUUACCUCAUGUCCAAGGAAAUUCCUUUUUCUGUAAAGAAGACCAAAAGCAUUUUCAACAGUGCCAUGCAAGAGAUGGAGGUCUAUGUGGAGAAUAUGAGAAAGAAGUUUGGAGUGUUUAAUUACGCCCCCUUCAGGACGCCGUACACGCCGGACAAUAAUUUUCAGAUGCUCCUGGAUCCUUCUAACCCCUCGUCAGGUCCCAUCAAACCUGAGAAGCAAGAAAAGAUCAAGCUGAGUUUUGAUAUGACCGCAUCGCCUAAAAUUGCAUUGACCAGGACCUUGUUACCUGGGGCUGGGGUGGGAGGAAGCGCAGCAGGACGCCGGCUCCCUCUCACUGACAUGCCUCGCUCACCCAUGAGCACCAACUCCUCUGCUCAUACAGGUUCAGAUGGGGAACAAGAAACAACCGACAAGUCCCAGACAAAAGCAUCAAACAGCCAGUUCAGUACAGGAGAGGAGUCCAUGGACUGCACAGUCUCACCAGCUCAUCCUCGACCUGGUGGUGCAGGUGGUUCCUUGGACAGCCCCAAAUCAUUACCCUCUCAAGCUCCUGGCAUCCCCAAGCAGGAGAAGACACCACAGACAGGAAGUAUUCUGAACCUUAAUCUAGAUCGAAGUAAAGCAGAUAUGGACCUAAAGGAGCUGAGUGAAACAGUUCAGCAGAAACAAGGAGCCACACCUGUCCUCACAUCUCCAAAAAGACAAAUCAAGAGCCGUUUCCAGCUGAACUUAGACAAAACCAUUGAGAGUUGCAAGGCUCAGUUGGGUAUUGGUGAGAUCUCUGUGGAUGUGUACAAAGGUGUUGAACACAGUGACUCAGAAGAGACUGAUAAAUCUGACUCCAGUGACAGUGAGUAUGGCAGCGAUGAGGAGCAGAAGACCAAGAAUGAACAAGACACAGCACCCAGUGAGGAGCCCCAGAAGGAACCCACCAAAACUAAUGUCAAAGACCAACCUUCCCCCAGCAAUGAAGAGGAGGGUAGAGCUGAUUUACUUGUAGCAACUGAAUCAGCAGCUGGCGAAGCCAGUGUGACGGUGUCUGACGCUCAAACUAAAGAGAAAACGAGCAGUGAAGUAGAAAAAGAGAGCCCAGAGAAAAGCAAAGCACCUCAAGAAUCACCUGUUCCCAGAGAAAAGUCUCAGGUGAAACAAGAGACAAAGCAGACUGUGCCAGUGGAGGACUCUGACUCAGAGAGGGAACUGGUUAUUGAUCUUGGAGAGGAGCAAGGUGGCAAGGAAAGGAAAAGGAGAAGAAAAGACAGCGCUACUGUUAAAGAUUCAACUACUGGUAAAGUUGAAGGUAAAGCUUCUAUAACGUCAACGCCCCCAUCUCAAAACAGCACGGCACCUUCCACACCCUCUAGUGUUUCCAUGCAGUCCCCUGUGGCCAUUCCUGUCACUGUGGUCUCCUUCACUGCUCCUUCUCCUGCAACCAUCAGCCUCGCGUCUGCAUCCAGUGCCACUGCAACACCCCCCCCUUCCACUUCCACCUCGACCACACCGGCUUUGAAGAAACAGCGCCCUCUGCUGCCUAGAGAGACAGUGCCAGUGGUACAGAGGGCUGUAGUGUGGAAUCCCACAGCUAAAUUUCAGACCUCCUCUCAGAAAUGGCACAUGCAGAAGGUGCAACGUCAGCAGCAAAACCAGCAACCUGUGGCAACCACACAAAUGCAGGCGUCAUCUCCCAGGCAAGGCCAGACGCAAGUGCUAACCCAGACCCAGGCAGCUGCAAACGGCUCUACAGCAGUCUCCUCCUCUUCACAAAGCACACGCUAUCAGACCAGACAGGCGGUGAAAGCUGUUCAACAAAAAGACACCCUACUCAGCACGUCCACUUCAGCUGUCACGCUGGUUUCCAGUAGCCCAGCUUCCGUUGCCAUGAUGGCAGCGUCGAGUUUAGGCACGGCUGCUGCACCUUCACCAGUGGCAACAGACCUGUAUAUCCCAACUGCCUCGGCAGAUGUGGCGGCAGACAUUGCCAAGUACACAAAUAAAAUAAUGGAUGCAAUUAAAGGUACAAUGAGUGAAAUCUACAACGACCUUUCAAAAAAUCCUUCAGGGAAUACAGUAGCAGAGAUAAGAAGACUGAGGAUUGAAAUAGAGAAAUUACAGUGGUUGCAUCAGCAAGAGUUGUCCGAAAUGAAGCACAAUCUUGAGCUUACGAUGGCAGAGAUGCGGCAAAGUCUGGAGCAGGAGAGGGAGAGGUUGGUGAGCGAGGUGAAGAAACAGAUGGAGCUGGAGAAGCAGCAGGCAGUGGAUGAGACAAAGAAGAAACAGUGGUGUGCUAACUGCAGGAAAGAGGCAAUCUUCUACUGCUGCUGGAAUACCAGCUACUGUGAUUACCCCUGUCAGCAAGCCCACUGGCCAGAACACAUGAAGUCUUGCACUCAGUCAGCCACGGCUCCACAGCAGGAACCUGAGGCCGAGCCUACAGCAGACCUCCCAAAUAAAGGUUUAGGGCAGACUAGCGGUGGCCUAAACCCUCUCAGAGACACACCAGCCUCUGCGUCAUCCUCGGACAAAGACUGUGACAUGGAAAAGAGCACUGACAGUGUUGCCGUCACUUUGUCAUAACCACGCUUACCAUACUUGAAAAUGUAAAUGUAAAUUUUUUUCCUCCCACUACAAUAAUAUGUCCAUGUAAUUCUGUUCAACAGCCUUUUCCAAAUUGAAAGUGAAAAAAAAACCAAUUUAUUUUUUAUUUAUAUUAUUUGUUUGCCUUUCGGGCGUCACAUGGUUCCCCCACUGCAGAGUGGUGUAAAACACGACUGGCAGCAGAGUGCGGCAGUUUAAAAAAUAGCUUACAGUGUAUGUUCUUGCACUCUCUUGCUGGUCUUUAUAGGCAGCUGCCAGUAUAAAGAGCUUAAGAGCAUGCUUGAGUGUCAUAAAACAUAUCAGUGGUAUAUUGGACAACAGUUAAACCAUUUAUGACUACAGAAAUGUAACCCGUGUUAAUGAACCACCUCAGUUGUAGAUUAGAGGACUGCUGACAGAAGUGUCUGUAAAUGACUUAUUUUGUAUUUUGUGUUAAUUUAUUUGUUAUUCUAUUGUUGUCUGUUGUAUACUGCAAAGAAAGUAACAAAUACACAUUUUAAACAAGCUGUUUUAUAUGAUUACAAAAACAGUCUUACAUUUGAUCUUUUAGUUGUCUCUAAAGUUGAGGGGAACCUUAGGGUUUGGUUGAAUGUAAAUGUUAUAAGACUGUACUAACAAUGAAACAGCUGCGGCACAUUUUAAGAUUUGAACAUUUCCAUAAUCUGCAUCAAAUGCCCCCAAGUAGACGUUUAUGGGCCUAUCAAAAACAGAUUUUUGAGAGGUCGGAAUUGUACAUUUCUGUGUAAAUUGUGACAAAAACAGUAAAGUAAAAAAGUAACAUAGAAA